CAUGUCCCGUGAGGAAUGCUACUCACAGGUGCCCCAUCUGUGAAAAACAAACACAAGCACCACACAUGUGGCAAUGGUGAAUACACCCUCACGAAGUGCUGGUCCAAACUUCAGAUAAAAGACAAGAUGCCUGAGUCGUCGGGGAUAAAAGCUGAGAAUCUUUUGAACAGUUUAAUGGAAACAUUAGCUGACAGUGUUCCUCAGAAGAAAUCAGUGUCAUUUUUUGAAGAAGAAAAUACAAUAUCUUCACAGAUGAAUAGACUUUUUGGACGCCAAAAGCCUGUUCAUAAGAUUUUGGGUGGUGGAAAAUCUGCUGAUGUGCUAUUAUGGAGGAACAAGAAGAUCUCUUCAGGCGUCUUGAUUGGUGCAACAGCUAUUUGGGUGCUCUUUGAAUGGCUCAACUAUAAUUUUCUGAGCCUCACAUGCUUUGCACUUUUGGCUGGCAUGCUUAUUCGGUUUGUCUGGUCCAAUGCUUCUGGCUUAUUAAACAGGUCUCCAUCAGAGAUACCUCGCAUUGUUUUGCCUGAUGAGUUUUUCAUCAACAUAGCUGUUAAUGUUGGCACUGAAGUUAAUCGAUUCCUGGGAUUUCUUCAAGAUGUUGCAUCGGGAAGAAACAUGAAGGAAUUUCUUGUGGUUGUGGUGAGCUUGUUGGUAGCUGCAAUUAUUGGGAGCUGGUGCAAUUUUCUCACUGUCUUGUACAUCGGUCUUGAUCAGCUGCACCAUUUGGGACCGAACUGUGGACAGAAAUUGAUCUUGGCUUUGUGGCGGCCCAUACUCUGCCGGUGCUAUACGAGAGGUAUGAAGACCAAGUUGACAACUUUGUGUAUAACGCACUCGGACAGUUCCAGAGCCAGUACCAAAAGCUGGACAGAGGUGUACUCAGCAAAAUCCCCAAGGGAAAUCUCAGGAGGAAGAAAUCCGAAUAAAAUCCUGUGAUUUGUGUGUGGCUAUCCGCCCUCAUAUGGACAUAGACAAGCCAAAGGUAGCAGAAAAAAUGCUGCUGUGGCCGCCUCUAACUGCUUUCCUCCCUCCAUUGCCACCCAUCCCUCAGAUCCCUUGGAUGCCGAUUGUUCCACCCCACCCUGAAAUUCCAUCCAUUCCGUUGGUUUCCAACAUGUGGGUCCCGCUCUUGACAGCAUCUGCUCCAGAGCCGUGAAUGUAAUGUGGCAUGGCAUGUUCUACAAAUACUAGUGUUUCCUUGCAGCUUUGUUCUUCUCCUCGUUCCGGUUAUUUUUGCAGAUGGUACUGAAAGAAGCUCAUCACUUGAUUUUCUAUGAUAUGAAAAUGGGAGAUUGGCUUUUGAUAUGUUUGGACUGAAGUGAUGUUUUUAAAAACUGAAGCAGAGGUCAAUCUUGCCAUGUUUCCAAAUGAUGUCAUCAUAUAAUUCUAUCCCAAUUCAUAAGUAAUAUAUAGGGAUUUUAAUGAAA